CUUUUUUCCACAAAAAGAAGAUAGUGGCUUAUCUGAUGGACAGAUAAAUUUAAUAAAUAAUGCAUUAAUAAAAGCCUUUGUAGUUUGUGUUAUUCCAUUCUCUGUAAUUGAGAAUUCUUUUUUUAUUGACCUCCUUCAAAGUUUGUGUCCAAGUUAUCAACCACCAUCAAGAAAAGUAUUAGCAAAUAAAUUAUUAAACCAAGAGCAUUCUAAAAUUAUAAUAAAACGGGAAGUUGUUUUUAAAAAAUCAAGUAAUUUAACAAUAG